AUCGGUUGCAAUGACAUGGGCGGCGGGAAGCCAGGGUCAAAGUCAGCGGCUCAGCGCCUCAGCACCUCGGCGGCACUGCGCGCGUUCCACGCCGCGACGCGACGCGACGCGACGCUACAGCGACGCCUCGACCGUGGUUGCUCCUCGCGGCAUCUCGUCCGCCUCCCACUCGCCACUCGCUGUUACGUGCUCCACGCCAACGGACCGCCAGUGUCUCAGUGCCGCGCGAACCCGACGAGCGUGAUGUCUCCGUACCUGGGCCUCGUGGCCCUCGCCCUGUCCGCGUUCCGGGUCCGGGCUCAGCUCUUCCCGGAGCAGCUCCAGCAGCAGGAGAUCCAGGCCCAGCAGUCGGGGCUCCAGGGCGACCUGCAGAAGGUGACGUUCCUCCUGGCCACGAACCGGGACCCGGCGGCCCAGGCCGCUCUCGAGCAGCAGCAGAACGAGCUCCUCCAGCGGCUGCGGGACAUGCAGAUCCAGCAGGUGGCUCUCCAGAACGCCAUCAAGUGGAAGUUGGACCUGGGGUUCUCGCCCAACAUGAGCGCCCCGACGCCGGGUCCGGCGCCGACGAUCGUGGUCCCCCUCGACGGGUCGGGGACGGUGUCCGCGGAGUGCACCACGCGCCGCGGGCGGCCGGGCGUCUGCAAGGCCUUGGUCAAGUGCGUUACUCACUAUUUGGAGGUUAGUGAACUCAGGAGUCAGCCGUGCGCCUUGUCGCCGACCGAGUGGGGUGUGUGCUGCCCGAGGAGACCUGACGACGGUCGAGUGCCGACGAAGACCGGAAUCCUGGAGCCGCCACCGCCGCCCAAAGUGGAAAUACCUCCGCUGACGACGAGCGACUUGCGGCAGGCGGCCAAGGCGGCCGUCACCAAAGUUCGAGACCGGCUCACCCUCCAGUCCAGUCUGCUCAACAAUAGGAUCCUCGUCGAGCCGGGGAGCCCGACAGCCUCCCACCAGGAGCUCUUCCCGACCACCAACGCCACCCUCGAGCAAGGUCAGAAAGCACAGAAAACCAUCGAGGCCAGCGUAUCCCUCUCCAAAGACUUCAAUUUGAGCCCGGACCAAAGCACAUUCGCCUUACCCCAGUUCAGUAUUUUGAACACGGUCAUUGCUGACGCAUGCCCGGAAAAGUUGCAGUGCCCCAGACUGAAGUACAGGUCAAUCGACGGCGUUUGUAACAAUCUAGUCAAUGGUCACUGGGGAAGAGUUGGAACCGCUUACCAAAGGGUUUUACCGCCGAAGUAUACCGAUGGGAUCACUUCGCCAAGAUCUAACGGCAUCGAUGGCCGAGAAUUGCCCAGUGCCAGACUGGUGAGCUCGAUAGUGGCUCAAGAUGCGGACGUACCAGACGCCAAUCACACGCUCAUGGUUAUGCAGUGGGGUCAGUUCCUGGACCAUGAUCUCACGCAUACCCCCAUCAGUCGAGGUCAAGGUGGUAGCGGAAUUGCUUGCUGCCGUGGUGGAAAAGUGAUCGACAAAAGACUUCGACAUCCUGAUUGUUUCCCGAUCGGCAUUCCGAGGAACGAUCCUGUUUUUGCUCAGUUCGGCGAAACUUGCAUGGAGUUCGUGCGCUCUUUGCCUGCUGCUCGGCCCGAGUGUAAUUUCGGCCCCAGGGAACAAAUGAAUCAAAUAUCCGGAUACUUAGAUGCGUCGAUGAUCUACGGAUCGACGUUCGACACGCAGCAACGGCUUCGGCUUUUCCGUGGCGGCCGCCUCCGAGCGCAAGUGGUCCGUGGUAAAGAACUUCUGCCCGAUAAUCCCUCUGAAUGUAGCAGCUCGCAAAGACUCUCCUGUUUCCAAGCAGGAGAUGGACGCGUGAACGAGCAGAUCGAGUUAGCACUGAUGCACACGAUUUGGAUGCGGGAACACAACAGAGUUGCAGAAGAGCUCUUCAACAUGCACCCGGACUGGAGUGACGAAGCGCUUUUUGAGGAGAGCAGGCGCAUCGUCAUCGCCGAACUUCAGCACAUCACCUACAACGAAUUCCUCCCCAUCGUCCUAGGUAGAGCGUAUGUAGAAAAGUUCCGCUUGACUCCGCGCGAAGUUGGACACACGCACAAUUAUGAUCCGAACCUAAAUGGUGGCAUAACAAACGUAUUUGCUGCUGCAGCUUUCCGCUUCGGACAUAGUCAGAUACAGGGGAAUUUCCACGGCUACGGUAAAUUUGGACAUAUUCGAGAAAAUUUCCAACUAAGCAAGCAACACUUUCAGCCAUUUGUCCUUUACGCUGAUGGAGCCAUCGAUGACUUCGUUCGAGGUUUAUCCUUCCAAAGCAGCCAGAAAUUUGAUCGAUUUUUCACACGAGAAGUUACUGACCACUUGUUUCAAGGAAACCAGAGGUUUGGACUUGAUCUAGUCGCCUUCAAUAUUCAGAGGGGCCGCGAUCAUGGGCUUCAACCUUACAAUCAGUGGAGGGAAGUUUGCGGCUUGAGGAGACUUCGGAAUUGGAAUGAUGCAGAAUCUGUGAUGGAUAGUCAGACGAUCGGACGCCUAGCUAACGUGUAUGGAAGUAUUGAUGACGUGGAUUUAUACAUCGGCGCCGUUUCCGAAAAUCCACUGCCAGGUGCCAUACUGGGACCCACUUUUGUUUGCCUUGUCGGAGACCAAUUUGCACGACUGAGGGCCGGUGAUAGAUUUUUCUAUGAGGAGGGCGGUGACCUCUCAUCUUUUUCCACUGCCCAACUGAACGAGAUCCGAAAAACCUCAUUGGCAAGAGUGUUAUGCGAUAACUCAGACGAUAUUGUACUGAUGCAACCUUUAGCUUUUUGGAAGCCAUCAUAUUUGAACAAACGAGUGCCAUGUAAUUCUCCCAAUAUUCCGGCGAUGAACCUUCGUGCGUGGCAAAAUGAAGUGGCGGCUGCCUGAUUAAAAGAGGAAAGAAAUAUCGAGGAAUCUCCUGAUUAAAUUAUUUCCAUCCGUGGACGGAAAUACUUGUGCUAGAUCCAAGCUGCGGGAAAAAUGAACGAGGGGUGCUUGAAAUCUUGAGAAACAUCACGCAAUAUACACGAAUCCCGGUCAAACCCAAAAGUACAAAUAUAUAUUUAUUUUUACAAAAGACACGAUCCAUCCAUGAAAAUCUCAGGCUAAAUAAUGAGCAAAAAUCUAAAUUUCUCGAGGUCUCUUCUACUCACUAACUUUGAGAACAGCAUCGAAAAAAUUGUUCGUUGAAAUGAAACACAGAUUUUUCUUGAAAAACAUCGACAAAGCGACUGCCUUUUUGAAUUGAGAAAACCAUUGGCAUUGCUUAAAAUCUGAACGAAUUUAUCGUAGUAUUUUUUCCCCAGACCUAUACCUCUCUCUUGGAUAAAAAGAGGUAAAUACAUGGUCAUUCUGUUGAUGUUUUUCUUUCAGGGAAAAAAAAACAACUUAUUUUCAUUUUUUUGACACUAAUUUUUUACAAGAGUCUUUCUCAGGAUGGAUGGUAAAUAUUUUCUGAAAUAUGUUUUACAUGUCUCCUUCCGUGCGUAUGUUAUCACUAUGUUAGUUAGACUGAUUUUACUUUUAUGGAGAGAAAUGUUUUUUUUUCCCAUUCUUUCAUGCUUUGAAUCCUUGAGAAGGAGGAUAUGAUCUCAACAGUUUAAUGCAAAAUUAUCUUAUCUAUAUCCCCAUUUCUUACUUAGACUUUUCACCGGUAUUGCAAAAAAAAUUAAUUCAAAUAUGUCAAAGCUCUCUAGACCAAAAUGAAAGAACUCUGUAAGUAUUUAUAAUUAUUUAAAAGAAAGAGCUAUGUGUGCGUAGACUCACCUCUACGUAAGUCGUAGAUUGGAAGGGAAGUAGGGAGGGGAAGGGAAUCGUAUUACCUGAGCCUCUGGAUCUGUGUGGGAAUUUUCCAGUUCCCAAGAAUUUUCGACUAAACGCUCCUGUCCCGGAAAACUUUGGAAGAGGAAUAAUACACACACUUGCACUUACGCAAGAUAAACACUCAUACACUGCUGUGCUAAGGAAGAACGCCGCAUGAGCAUUGCCAAAUUUCCUCCAAUAAAAUGUUUAUUUUUGAGGGAAACUAUCAAUAAUUUUCCUUGAAAUUUUUAGACUUUUUAGAUCAAAUUACGAGAAAAAUUAUUUGAGAAAUCGGAAGAGAAAUAUGCAAAAAUUUUCUUGAAAAUCAGUUAUUUGUCAAAGAAUUCGGCAACGUCUGAAGGCUUAUACGGUGUUCUUCCUUAGCACGGCAGUACAUUGAAGAGUCAUCAGUAGGUCAUUUUUCAGGUAACUUCUCUGAGUAUUCCCAUUCUCAUUACUGUUUCCUGACUUUCCCGGUGAACUUUGAUCCCAAAGCUGAGCUUUAAGUGUGUCUUUCUUCCCUUUCUUUACUCAUUAGUGUAAAUGUACUUAAACUUUAAAAAAAAUGUUUCACUGUGAUUAGGAUGAAUAAAAUUUUGUAAUUUUUAAGACUCUACAUAUCAUUUCCGAAAUAUAAUUGACAUUGAGCUUUGAGCUUUCUGAAAGUUA